GAAGAGGAAGAUACUGUCAGGCGUAAAGGAGCCUUCCUGCUAACCCACACCUCCAGCGUACAACAGCACCUCCUUGAAAGUGGGCAUGACUGUUUCGAAUGAACCGGGCUACUACGCUGAUGGACGCUACGGGAUCCAUAUUGAAAACGUUGUUAUCGUCCGGGAGGCUGAGACUCCAAAUAAUCUCGGGAAUGGGUAUGAACAUGUAACUAUGGCAAAGAAGUGGCUCAACUCGUAUCAUGCGGAGACACUGGAGAAGGUGGAACCUUUGCUCCAUAACGACCCGCGCGCUCUUGAGUGGCUAGAAAGAGAGUUCUCCUGUGUAGAAGAUGAUCCUUUUAGAUGCGGUCGUUUAAUCUGAACGCACCUCCAAGCAAAAUUUUGUACAUUAGCGCUUUCAGGAACUUGAAGGCCAAGCCCAGUCGGGACUUAUCAAUCAUUACACUUGUUGG